AUGCCUCUUAACGAACCUGAUGCAUUAUCAUCCACCCGGGCUUCCAUGAAUCGCGGUCGUUUCUUCGUGCUCAGACAGAUGAUUUGCCUGUACUCCUCGCUAGACAGUGAUGGCCCUUAUAGCGCUGGAUGCAGACCUGAGGCAUGGGUUUGGGCGAUGUUCUGUGUAAUCGUGUGGGGCAUGCUACUCCAGGGCGUCAUCAAUUAUGAAUCAUUGUCCUACACAAGCCUGGUUGAAUCCGACUGUCUUUCGGCGGACAUCGCACAUGGAGAGUCCACCAAAACUCCCGCUGUGCCAAUUACACUCCUACAAUUGGGAUGCCAUUCACCAGCAACAUCUGCUCAACUCUUUGAUGCGAACAUGUCUUCUAUUCAUUCAAAGUCAUUUGAGAUCCCAAAGAUCGCCACGGUGCUACAUCCCAUGAGACCACGACCCUUCAAGCUCGUCCGUCCCAAAAUCCAGCCUAUGUUCAGUACUACGGAUAUGCGGUCACUCCUGACUGGCUUAUCCAGUUUACAGAAUAACACUGGAUACGACGAGCUUGCCAUGACGCGAGCGUUCGACCUCAUUCAAGAUUGGGUGGGCAUGCACGGUUUAGCACGCAAAUAUUGUUUCAAUCCCAAGGGCCGCUCAGUGCCUCCGGAGUGGUUCGUUCGUUAUCUCAAUCCAGACGACGAACCAGAAGACAUUGAAACAGUUCACAUACAUGCUGUGUGCUCUGACCAAGAAGACGACUUUGAAUGGCGGCCUCUGCAGAAAAGGGUGGACUUGCUAACAGAUUUUGUCGGGCGUUCACCGCGUUGGUAG